AUUUGGCUUUUUUUAGCAAUGACUGAAGGCAGGAUGGCUCUGGUUUUUUUUUUCAUCGGUGACGUCACUGUUUCACGCUCUUUUUGCUGUUGUUGCUAUUCGACUUGUUAUCUAUAACGACAUAAACUUUUUUCACCUGUGUUAUCUUCUUAGUUCUUGUUUACCUGAUCUGUGCUCAUACACCUGUAAUUAAUUUAUCUCACAUGUUUGAAAAUCGAGAUGGAACGUGUUUUUUUCUCCUGUGCUGAUUGCGGCUCACAAUACCACUUCAAAAAUAGCUUAGUGAAACAUAUAAAGAAGCAGCACCUCGCUGUUUCCUCUGGUAAUCGAGCUAAUAAAAACUACAAGAAAAAGGAAAGCAGAAUUAUUUGUGCAUGUUGCAAUAAGCGAUUCAAUUUUUUUCGUCAAUAUUUUGAACACCUCAGAGAUGCCCAUGAAAUUAACAUUGAGAAAGAAACAGAAAGAUUCUCUAAUGAAGAAGGUUUUGAAGCCUGGAAAAAAAGUAAGGAAACUGAAACAGCGUCUCAAUUCGUGAAAGAUUUUCAAGCAAAGAAGCAGAAAAGCGGUGACUCAGUAAGCUGGUAUCAUUGCCAUCGUUCAUUCAAUUUUCGGUUACAUCGUAAGGCUGGAUUUGUUUCAACUAAGAAGAAAACUAAAAAUCUCGGAACAAAUAAGUUGAAUUUUACUUGUCCAGCUCACUUCAAACUGAUUCGUAAACAAGAUGGCAAUUUAAUAGUAGAAUUUUACAAAACUCACAUUGGCCAUGAAUGUGAAGUACAGCGAAUGCGUUUGCAUUCUGAUGAUCGUUAUACUAUUGCAGGAAAAUUGAAUCUUGGUGUUCCAGCUACUCACAUACUGGCAAAUAUUCGUAAUAGUUCGUCAGAUAAUUUUGAAGAAGAUGAAAAGCUAACUCGACUGCAUCUAACAACGAAAAAAGAUAUCCGAAAUAUAGCUACAAGUUUUGAUAUCAAUAAUCCGCUUCAAAAGCACAGCAUUGAUUUUCAAAGCGUUGAACUAUUUUGUUUGAAAAUGCAAAAGAUGGAAGAAGGUAACCCCAUUCUUUUCUAUAAGAAGCAAGGAGAAUCGUCAGAUGUAUUGAAAGAUGAAGAUUUCGCAUUGGUUUUCUGCUCAAAAUUUCAAAGAAGAAUGCUUACAAAAUUUGGCCAUAAAGCAAUUUGUAUAGAUGGUACCCACGGAACAAAUGGUUACAAAUUUCAAUUGUAUACAAUUAUUGUGUUGGAUGAAUGGGACGAAGGAAUACCUGUGGCAUUCGCUAUUUCUAACCGAGAAGAUGAAGACUUUUUCAAGAUUUUUUUUGAAUCUCUGAAAAGUGAAGUAGGAGAUAUCAGUACAGAAUUAUUCAUGAGUGAUGAUGCUUCAGCUUUCUAUAAUGCCUGGGUCAAAGUUAUGGGAAAACCUAAACAAAAGUUACUUUGCUUAUGGCACGUUCACAAAAAUUGGACUACUAACAAAACUAAAAUAAAGAAAGAAAAACGCAAAGAAGUAAUGAAAGAUCUAUCCGCAAUUGCUGAGGAGUUGGAUCCUGAAAAUUUUAAAAACGAAUUCGAAAACUUUAUCAAGCAGUUGGAGAAUGAUCCGGACACCGUAGCUUUUGCCGCUUAUAUACGAAGAGCUUAUUACAACAACAUGCAUUCAUGGGCAAGAUGUUUUCGAAAACAUGUACCUAUUCAAACGAAUAUGAAUCUUGAAGCUUUUCAUAGAGCUUUGAAAUAUGAUUACCUCGGAGGAGUAAAAUGUUCUCGCAUUGAUAAACUGCUUUAUGCGUUAAUGUCUGUUGUUAGAGAUAAACGCUAUCAAAGAGUGAUUAAAAAAACGAAGAAAACUCCUUACAAAAAUAUUUCAAAAAUCAUUCAAAGUCACCAGAACAGUGCUAAUAUUGAUGAUAUACGGAUCCACAACAACGAAAAUACUUGGAUUGUCAAGAAUAAAUACGUAGUUCAUCGAAUAACAAAUGUUAUUUCAGCUUGCUGUCAAAGAAUAUGUAAAUCUUGUAAUAUAUGCGUUCAUAUGUUCACUUGCUCAUGUUACAAUAAUGCAGUGGAUUACAAUAUCUGUAAACAUAUUCAUGCCUGUGCAGCAAAAUUUUUCACUCUACCUGCAGUAGACGAAGAUCAAGUCAUUGAAGUUGAAGAAAUUGUCAUCACUCCAUCUCAACUCGAUUUUGAACUUACUGAACCAGACCUUGAACUUACUUCAUCACAACGUAAUAUUGGUCCAUUUCAAGCAGAAUUAGAAGCUGAUGUUCAGGUGGAGUCUUCUUGUUUAAGAACAGAUGCCGAAAUAAAAAAUGAAAUUCAUUUGAAGAAUGAAUUGAUACAAGGCUUGAUAAUUCGCAAUUUACCCGUUGACAAGGGAGAAGAAAUGAUAAAAUUACAAGAUAGAAUAAUUUCUUUGUAUAACACAUAUUCUGACUAUUCGUUUGCUAAAAAGCGUGUUGAAUCUGGUAAAAUAGAAAAGCAGACCUUCUAUCCAACUCGAAAAAGUACAGCAAAGCCAAAACAGAAGUUUCCUCGAAUCUCUACUGCAGCAAGAGAACUAAUCCAAAAAGGUUUUCAACAAGGAACAGAUGAAGUAGUUCAUGUGCACAAUGAAUUAGAUCAUGUUUAUCACAACUCCACUACCACUAGUGAUAACUAAAAAAUUAUGUACGUAAUAAUUUGAUUUCCAGUGUGCUAAGCUGUUCUAAUUUUUUAAUCGUUCAUGUUUGUUUAAUUCGAUUACUAGUGUGCUAAGUUGUUCCACUUUUGGAAUCGUUUAUUUUAGUCUUAA